AUAAAAGAGCGAAAUUUUACAGCAAAAGCCGCAGCAGCAGAACUACCAAGCAAGCUUAUCUCCGCAGUGAACCAAUGGGAGAGGAAGGAAAGAAACCAGAGGAAAGCAAAGUGGAGGAGAAGAAACCAGAGGAACCCAAGAAGGAAGAAGUAAAAGAGGAAGCUAAGAAACCGGAAAAACCGGCCGAAGAGAAAAAACCGGAGGAAUCCAAGGAUGAAGCUGCGCCGCCAGAAAUUGUGCUUAAAGUGUUCAUGCAUUGUGAAGGUUGUGCUCGCAAGGUUCGUCGGUCGCUUAAAGGUUUCCCAGGGGUUGAAGAUGUAAUCACUGAUUGCAAGUCUCACAAGGUGGUUGUUAAAGGUGAAAAAGCGGAUCCAGUGAAGGUUCUGGAGAGAGUACAGAGGAAGAGCCAUAGACAGGUUGAGCUUCUUUCUCCGAUCCCAAAACCACCGGCAGAGGAUGAGAAGAAACCCGAAGAGAAGGAGGAGCCUAAGCCCGAGGAGAAGAAAGAAGAGCCUCAGAUUAUCGCUGUUGUUCUGAGAGUUUACAUGCAUUGCGAAGCUUGUGCGCAGGAAAUCAAGAAACGCAUAGAGAGAAUGAAAGGAGUAGAAUCAGCGGAACCCGAUCUGAAGAACUCGCAAGUGAGUGUGAAGGGAGUGUUUGAGGCAGCAAAGCUAGUGGAACACGUGUACAAGAGGACCGGGAAGCAAGCAGUGAUCGUGAAGGAAGAACCGGAGAAAAAAGAGGAAGCAAAGGAAGUUGGGAAAGAUGAGAAGAAAGGUGAGGAAGUUGGGAAAGAUGAGAAGAAGGGUGGUGGUGAAGGAGAGGGAAAAGAGAAGAAAGAAGGAGAGGGAGAGGGAAAGGGCAAAGCAGAGGAAGGAACUGGAGAAGAAACAAAGGUGGUGGAGGUGAAGAAGAAUGAAUACCAAUAUUACAAUAACAAUUACAAUUACAACCCACCAAGGUAUGGCAUGGAAUUCUAUGCAUACCCUGGGCCAGCAUACCCACCUCAGAUCUUCAGUGAUGAGAACCCCAAUGCUUGCUCUGUGAUGUAAAAUUCGAUGAAUGUCAGGGGUAAUAUUGGAAUAUGGGAAAAUUUUUAUGAAAUUUGGAUGAUUAGCCAUAUCCUGCGUUGGAUGUACUUGUCC